UCUUAACCCUAGAAGGUGCUUGUCACCCUAUUACAAACAGAGCAUCCAACAACAUAUUUGUAGUUGAGCGCUGUUGCUUUUUUUGCUUUCUUUCAUCAGUUUUCAUCAGUUUGUUACUCCAAAUAGAUCAAGAAAAUGGGUGAGGGUCGUGAACUCGUGAAGACUAUCAUCGCUGCUGCUCCGGAGGAUGCAGCAGUGCCGCAGAAGGGAGAUCAAGUAAAGGUGCACUACACCGGUACCUUGCAAGACGGCAGCAAGUUUGAUUCUAGCCGAGACCGCAACAAGCUCUUUGAUUUCGAACUAGGAGCCGGCCGUGUUAUCAAGGGAUGGGAAGAAGCUGUAGGAGGAAUGAAGAAAGGUAAGAAGUUUGACGUUAUCCUCGUUAUAUAUAUCGAUCCCUUUUCCAUGCAGGCAGUAUGGUAUUUGACGUUGAUUUGACCUUCACGUUUAAAUACGUCUACGUCAACGUCUUCAUUCAUCUACUCUCCGCGUAGUUGUUCUACCCAUUUGUUCCUUCAACAUCUUCUAGCACUUUCUUACAUCCAUCCACAAUUUUAGGUGAACGCGCAAAGUUCACGAUCCCGUAUGAAAAGGCUUAUGGCGAGUCUGGAUCGCCACCAGCGAUUCCGGAGAUGGCGGAUUUGGACUUCGAUAUUGAACUCGUUGACUUUGGCCCUAGACAGAAGGAAAAGUGGGAGUACACUGAAGAUGAGAAAUUUGCUAAAGCGAAAGAAGAAAAAGAAGCAGGAAACGUCUCUUUCAUUAUGAAGACAGGAAUUGCUUCAAUAUAAUUGGAAAUAUUGAUUCUCUAGUGGAAUAUGGUUUUUGACUAUCUAAGGUUCACAAGCAUAGUGAUUGCCAUUGUAGUUGUGCCUAUACCUAAGCAGUUUGUUAGACACGAAGUGCUUCUACUUACGACCUCUUCCUGCUGUUGGUUCACGGGCUCUUACUAGCGCUGAUCACUAUCCUGUACUAUCAGAAGAAAUUGAAGUAGUACUUCUAGCUUUUCAAUAAUUGUCUCAAAUCUGAACGAUGGAUCGGCUUCGUCACAUCUUUAUUAAUAUCCAUCCUCGUCUAAUUGCCAAUCCGGUGACUACCCCACUGCAGUCGGGCACUACCAGGAAGCGCGUUCCUACCUCGACGAAGGCUAUUGGGAAGGUGAUAUGCUGGACGAGGUGAACGCCGUGAAAAAGAGCUGUAGCUUGAAUGUGGCACAAUGCGGCUUGAAGCUCAAAAACUGGGAUAUGGCUAAGGAGGCAGCGACGUCAGCACUCGAUAUUGACCCAGCCAAUACGAAAGCACUCUUUCGACGCGCAUGCGCGUGCAUUGAAGUCGAGGAGUUUGAUGAGGUAAGACUUUUCUUUACAGACGAGUUGGUUUCUUAGAUCAACUUCUACUACAAAGAUAUCAACAGAUCACUUACCACCUGGGUUUACAACUUGUAGACUAAAUAAUUUAGGUUGGUUGCUGGUUCGCCACCAGGAGUAAGAAAGUAAGACGGAACAAUUCAAAUACAAAAAGGAUGACUAUCUAUGUGAUUCUUCUAGGCCAAAGCGGAUCUCAAGCUCGCCUUGGAGAUCGACCCGAAGAGUGCGGAGAUUCGCGCCAAGUGGACCGAGUACAAGACCAAGUAUGAUGCCUACAAGAAGCGAUCAAAAGCCCAAAUGGCUAACAUGUUCGCGAAGAAUCUCUAUACCGAAAAAGAGGACGUCUUUGUCCGCCACCCACGCAAUCUGACGGAUUUGCCGAAGGUGUAUAUGGAUGUGCAGUUUGGAGACGAGAAAGAAGACCCUGCAGAAGGCGAGACGGAAGGAAAGCCGAAGACUCAUCGUAUCACUAUGGCUUUGUAUUCCGAUACAGUGCCAAAAACCGCAGAGAAUUUCCGACAAUUGUGUACAGGAGAAAACGAAAGUCUGACGAAGUGCGGCAAGAAGAAGACCUACGAAGGAAGCAUUUUUCACCGAGUUAUCGCUGGGUUCAUGAUGCAGGGUGGCGACUUCACGAAUGCUAAUGGUACUGUGAUAGUUUAUGUAUAUAACUUGCAUAAUUUUGAGCUUUGCUGGGGGCGGAUUUGUGAAUUUCAAUUUGCAGUUAGUCUUAGUUGUAUGUUUUUGAGUAAGUUUCUUGAAUUCUAAGGCCAAUGAAAUUGUUUAGAAACAACAACUUCCACUUGUACUUGUUCGUUCUUUUGAAACUUCAACUUGUUUACGACCACAAGGUACCGGCGGCGAAUCUAUCUAUGGUGAGAAGUUCCCGGAUGAGAACUUCCACGACAUCCACGACCGCAAACACCUUCUAUCCAUGGCAAACGCGGGUCCGGAUACUAAUGGAUCUCAGUUCUUCAUCACUUUUACCGAAACGCCUCAUUUGGAUGGAAAGCACGUUGUCUUUGGUGAGGUCAUCGAGGGCUUUGCUGCGGUGAAUCGUGUUGAGCAGGCACCAGUCGGCGCUUCCGAUGUUCCGAAGGAGACGAUUACGGUUGUGGCAUGUGGACAGUUGUAG